GCAGACAUGGCAGACAGUACUCCGCCGCCCACCGUUACAGUCCCCGUCACUGGAAAUGACAGGUUGUUUCGACUGAAAGAAUUGUUCAUCUCCAAGUAUGGCAGUGAACCAUCCUUCUACGCACGUGCACCAGGACGGGUAAACCUGAUAGGGGAACAUAUCGACUACUGUGGCUACGCAGUUCUUCCGAUGGCUAUUGAACAAGAUAUUUUAACAGCUGUUCAACCUGUUGCCUCUCAGGUGCUCCACUUGUCUAAUACAAACCCAGCCUAUUUGGACAUUUCUGUGGCUGUGCAUGAUAUACAGAUUGAUAAGACUAAGCCUUUGUGGCAUAAUUACUUUCUUUGUGGACUAAAGGGAAUCCAGGACCACUUUGUUCUGAACAGCUUAGCAGGAAUGAAUUGUUUGGUGGAUGGAACCAUUCCAGCAAGUUCUGGUUUAUCAAGCUCAAGUGCUUUGGUGUGUUGUGCAGGGCUUGCUACUCUUGUUGCAAAUGGGAAGACUCUGUCAAAGGUGGAGCUCGCUGAAACCUGUGCAAAAUGUGAACGUUACAUUGGCACAGAAGGUGGUGGGAUGGACCAGUCAAUCUCAUUUCUGGCAGAGGAGAAAACUGCCAAGCUGAUCGAGUUUAACCCUGUAAGAGCUACCGAUGUGAAGCUUCCUUUUGGAGCUGUUUUUGUUAUUGCAAAUAGUUGCGUUGAAAUGAACAAAGCAGCAACAGCUCAUUUCAAUAUAAGAGUUGUGGAGUGUCGUCUGGCUACCAAGAUUCUUGCAAAGUCCAAAGGGCUGGACUGGAAAAACUUGGUGAAAUUAGGAGAUCUUCAAAACAAGCUGGGUGUUAGCCUGGAAGAUAUGCAAACUCUGGUCGAGGAAGUUGUCCAUCCUGAACCAUAUACAAGAGAAGAAAUUUGCCAAUAUUUAGGAAUAAGUUUACAGGAGCUCCGUAGUACCAUUUUAAGCCAAAACACGCAGGAUGUUUCAACCUUCAAGCUGUACCAACGAGCAAAGCAUGUGUAUAGUGAGGCAGCUAGAGUUCUAGCCUUCAAGAAGGUUUGUGAUGAGGCACCUGCCAAUGCUGUUCAGCUGCUGGGAGACCUUAUGAACCAGAGCCAUGUGAGCUGCAGAGACUUGUAUGAGUGCAGCUGCACUGAACUAGAUCAGCUGGUGGACAUCUGUCUGAAAUCUGGUGCUGUUGGGUCUCGACUUACCGGUGCUGGAUGGGGGGGCUGUACGGUUUCUAUGGUACCUACAGAUAAACUGGAGGAAUUUCUAUUACGUGUAAAAGAAAAAUACUACAAAACAGAUGAACGCAAAUCAGCGUUACUCCAACAAAGCCUUUUUGCCACAAAACCUGGACCUGGUGCAAGAGUUCUGCUGGGGGAAAAGUGAACCCUUUAUGGAAAGCUUUCUUGUUUAUUGAAAUCCUAUGAUCAGUCUCGGUAAAGCUUUUAAAAAUAGUAUAAAGAUUGCUAACAGUACUACCAUUUGAUUUGACUACCUGAUUCAAGAUAAACAUGGACCUCUGUUGACA